CCCGAAGCCAUUCGAUGUCAAGCCCCGGCUGCGACCAGACGGGAACGUGGCACAGUCCUCGUGGGCAUCGUCCGCCACUCGCAGCUCCUCCUCGAGACAUGAGCCGCCCAGCGAGUCACGAUGGCCGGAACAAGGGGCGGCCGGGGCUCCUGGCGGUGGCGCUUGCGGUGCGGGACGCGUCUAGGGGUCGCGUCGCCCCCUCGUCCGCACCGCCCUCGAACGCCGCGGCUCUGAGAGGCACGGGGAGGCCUCACCGUGCCGAGCGCGCUGCGUGGAGACCCACGCUGCACCACAAGAGGAGCCCGCUGUUAGCGCUGCACGUGCGCCGCGCGGUGCCCUGGAGGCCCUCCCGUCCGCCCACCGGCCGUCUGCACGCCGCGCGGGGCACGGCGACCCCACCGCACGGGGACGCCCGCUCGCCCCACCGGACCGACCACAUGCAGCGAAGGGGACGCGGUCACAGCGGCGGUGGCGGCCACGGCGGUAGCGACGGCACGGCGUGGGACGGCGCGGUGGCCUGGAGCCCCGAGGAGGAGGCCGGCGAGGAGGUGGAGCGGGAGCUGCUGGAGCUGCUGGUGCCCCAGCUGGAGCCGUACAGCCGCCAGCGCCUGCGCUGCCUCGCGUGGGCCCUGCAGCGGCACGCGGAGGCCCGCGACGGCGUCCUCACCAGCGACGCGCUCACGUCGUGUCUGCAGGAGUGCCAGCUCGCUCUGUCCGAGCGAGCGGUGCGCAUGCUGGCCGAGAGAUUCAGGUGUCGCGAUCCUCACGCCCACGGGAUGUCAUCACGGCCGCUCGGGGCCUUCCUGCAGCAAGCCCAGCUGAGGACCGGUCGUGACAGCGUGCGCGCCGCGCUGCGAGCGAGGGCCCAGCGGGCGCCGGGGUGCCACGACGCUCGGGACGCCGCCGACAGGGCCCUGCUGGCCUCGCUGGGCGCCGCGCUGCUCCGCCACUCGCCGCCGCACUUCCAGCCGGAGGAGCUGCGCGAGAUCCUCGAGGAGCGGGCCAGAGGGCGCCACAUCAUCGCCCACAGAGAGAUGACCACUUCGUGCCGGGAGGCUCGCCUGCCCGUGCACGGCCCCCUCCUGGGCCGCCUGAUGGCGCGGUGCAGCCAGCAGGAACGCGGCGCCGGGAUCCGCUGGCCCGACUUCCUGGAGUUUCUCUCCGAAGCUCUGCAGAGCGACGCCACCGAGGUCCCGGCUGAGACGGCACCGCCAGGCUCCGCUCUUCUGCCGGCGCCGAUAAACACCACGACGCCAGCACCGGGCUCCAGCGCAACGCCGGCUCCAAGCUCCGACGCGUCCAGCUCCGCCACGACACCGGCGCCAGCGGCGACAUUGUCCGACGAGCGGAGCGCGAUGCCACCGCCCAAAGCUCGCUCCGGUGCGAUGGCACGGCAAGCGGGGCCGCCUCGUCUCGACCGUCAACCGAUGCCGACAGACGCAGCGUCUGACGAGCGAGGAGCCACCGUCCGUUCGAGGCAUCAAAUCAGCACGAGGGCGAGCGUGAAAGCGUCCACCGAGGAGAGAUGUGCGGUCGCGACGGCGCCGGGGCGUGCCGCCCGCACCGCGGACACUCUCGCCGGGCACGUGCAGCCGAGCGUCGGCGAUGACGGCGGCAGCGGCAGCAGGAACGUCGUCGCGGGCACGUGGCCCGGCACGGAGCGGCAGAUGGAGCAGCUGCAGGCACCGGCGAGGGUCCCAGAGGUCACGGCGCAGAGCGGGGCAGACGUGACCUUUGAACCCAUGCCGCUAGGGUCGAAGGUCACCGUCUCUGAUGUCGGAUCGGCAUCUGAGCAGCAAGCUGUGCCUCCAAGCAGCAGUAAAACCAGACUGCCACCGUCUCGUCAAGGUGAGCUGCAGCCGCCCAAGGCUCCCACGAAGACGACGAGAGGUUUCUUCAGCGCACUGAGGGCGGCGCUGUCGGGCGCGUCCAAGGAGCUGAUGGACGCCCCGGGCGGGGGGUCCUCGCGGGGACUCGACCCGAAUGGCCCCCACGCAGCUGCCCCUCUCCCGAGCCGCCCCCUCGGCGCCAAAGAUGAAACCCUGGACUUCUCGCGCACAGAGAGCGUCGCGGUGACGGUGAACGGCAAGGCGCUCACGUGCCGCGUGGACGAGCGGCACAGGAGGGUCGCGGCUUUCCCCGGGGAUCCGCCGGCAUCCGCCCCGGUGCUCGAGUGGGUAUACGGCCACAGCGGCCGUGACUGCCAGGGAGGCCUGGUGCUCACGGGAGACGCCGAGCUCGUGUACCCCGUGGGGCUGCUCGUCGUCGUCCUCAACCCCGAGCGGCGCACGCAGAGCAUCUACAGCGAGCACACGGCGCACAUCACCAGGUGA